GAGAGACUUGAUCGAGUAGGGCGAGAAAGAGAGAUCGGCGAAAGAACCCGGGAUUUCAUAUUCACCUUUUACCUCUGUUCCUCAAAUCUUUUGUGAGCUUGAACUUAGUCUAGCGAUCUGAAUCAUCUGAGAAAGAAGAAAAAAGAAAACCCGGGACUAAUCAUCCGUCCAAUAUUUAGGCGAGAUACGUGUAUAUGCGCCUAAACAUCUCGGAUAGCAGCACUCAACAUUAUGUGUAUUCUGCAUGGAAGGAAAGAAACUUAUGCGUGAUUCCUUUGGUCCCUCCUUUUGAUUCCUUUCUCACUUAUUCUUGCCCUUUACUUUCUGCGACAGAUAUAAAGUCCUCACUUAUCUCUUCUGGAUCGCCUCUCAGGUUGGUUACUGAUAUUCCAGCUACGACAGGAGCGAGCUUUGGGCAGGAGAUUAUGUGCUACGAAAGUCCGAUGCCGUCGAUGGGGAUUCACCGGUUUGUGUUCGUGCUGUUCAAGCAACUGGGGCGGCAAACCGUGUACGCCCCCGACUGGCGCCAGAACUUCAGCACCAGGGACUUCGCGGAGCUCUACAACCUGGGAUGUCCGGUCGCCGCUCUCUACUUCAACUGUCAGAGGGAGAGCGGCUCCGGCGGCCGACGAAGAUGACUUCCGACGUGUUACUCGAAUCGAAUCCGUAAACCUAGAAGCUCUAUAUAUAUGUAACGAGGCAGGAGUCCCCCUACGUGGUUAUGAAC